GGGAGCGAGGGAGGACGGCAGUGAGGAGAAGCGCGGGCCGGGGUCCAGGAUGGGGCUGCUGUUGCUGGCCCUGGCCACCUGGCUGGGGCUGGGGCUGGCCUCGGCCUCCGAGGAGACAGCCAACAGCAGCCGGAUCUGCCAGGAGGCUCCGGCAUGGACCAUCAAUGGCUCGAGCCCCAUGGAGGGGGCGGCAGGGCAGGUGACGGUGGUGGCCCUGCUGAAGGCCAGCUGACAGUUCUGCCUGAGGCAGGCCCACAGCCUCGGGGGCCUGCGGGAGCGGCUGGCCCGGCAGGGCACGGCCCAUGUCCGCUACAUGAUCGUCAACGAGAAGGCGCCGCUGUCCCGCGCCAUGCUGCCCGAGCUGCAGCGCCAUGCCCCGCCCGGCGUCCCCGUGCUCCAGCCCGAGCAGGAGGACCCCGACGUCUGGCAGGUCCUGGGGGGUGACAAGGACGACUUCCUUGUUUAUGACCGGUGUGGCCGCCUGGCUUUCCACAUCCAGCUGCCCUUCAGCUUCCUCCACUUCCCCUAUGUGGAAGCAGCCAUCCGCUCCAGCCACAUCAAGGACUUCUGUGGCAACUGCUCCCUCUACCCCAACACCACCCAGGAGGCUAACAGCCCCAUGGAGGGCCCUGCCACCCCAAGCUCCCUUCCUGAACAUGAGGGGAUGGAGUCAGAGGCUCCCAUCCACCAGCACAAGCCCCUCCAUCCUCACCACCAUCACGAGGUCAACAGCGAGAGAGACACAAACCCAACUGAGGACCACAAACCUGCUACCCAUGCUCACCACCACCACGGAGACCAUGGCCAGCUCCAUCACAAGGGGAAGAAGCAGAAGGAGGGGGAUGAGCAUUAA